GCUGCUUCAGCCUUACGUAGCUGUGCCUUGCUGCGGUAUGGCUUGCAAUGGACAGUAACACUGAAGGCCGGGCCGAGCUCCGCGACGUCUACGACUUCAAUUUGCUCAUUGCUGCGCUUCGUCGCAAGAAGCGAUGGCGCGAUGCGUUGCAAGUCACCGUGGACAUGUGUUCCCGUGCGACCCUUCCCGACGCGGUGUCCCUGAACAGCGCGGCCGUGGCCUGCAACGGCCCUGCGUGGCGGGAGACGUUGGGCCACCUGCGGAGGAGUAAGAGCUUUGACAACUUCCCAAACCUCAUCACCUACAACACCUGCAUCAACGCAUGCGAGGGGAGCAGGCGUUGGCUUUGCGCGCUGCAGAUCUUUGGUCAUCUCCAGAAGGAAGGCUUUGAGAUGGAUAUCGUCAGUUUCGGCAGCGUUUUGCACGUCCUUCGGGGUCAUUGGGAGAGGACCUCGCUUUUAUUGCAGUCGAUGCCAGUUUGUGGACUUCGUCCCAAUCUCUAUGCCUUGAACAGCGUCUUGAGUAGCCUCGAAGUGACACCGCACUGGUUCCAAGCGCUACAGUUGCGUUUGACUUGGCAGAGGGAAGCUAUGUCGCCAGACAUUGUGAGUUGCGGCAGUCUGGUGAGUGCUUGUGGGAAGGCAGGUGCCUGGCGG